AUGGCUCCCAAUGGAGGCCCGUCUAUGGCCUCUCAGGCUAGAGCAGCUGAACUGAAUGCAGCAGCAGCAGCCAGAGCACGUAUCAUGAAUGGCGAGUUAUCAGACUUUAAACCUAGAAGCACCCCCAGCCAAUUCUCAUCAUCUUAUACGCAUAACACUGAACAUGUUGCUGUCGAAAGCUUCAGACGCCCCAAUCGUCCUGUUGACCGUUAUUAUCAACAUGUCGCCACUAUUUCUGCACCUGUUACUGUUUAUGCAUACCCACAACCGCAGUAUGCUGACCCUCGUGCUGUACCUGCUGUGUACGCUUCUUCGCCCUAUCCUGCGGUGCCAGAAUAUUAUCAACCAGUGUACCAGCCCAUACAAAGCUACCAACAAGUGUAUCCAGGCUACGUGAACGGUUAUCCUCUUCCUACCAGUCCUCUUCCCCGUGGAGCUAUUGCGACUGCGACGCGUCAAACUACCUCACGUUCUGCUGUUGCAUCGCCCACAAAACCUGGACAACCUCAGCCUGUACAGGCUCCUGAUGCAUCUCCUGUGAGGCCCCAAAGAGGUCCAAGUCCAGUCAAGAAUUUAUCGAAGGGUCCAUCGAGGAGCCCGUCGAAGAGCCCAGUGAAGAAACUCGAUGCAACUCCCAGCCCGAAAAAGCCACCAGUGGAGAUUUAUCAGUACUUUACGCCAGAUGACUUGAGUCCCCUCAAGGCGGAGGUAGAGAUCAUGCGUUUCAAAGCUGAACUAGAAAAAAUCGGCCCGCCAAAAGAUGGGGAGAAACUCAGCGGCAAUGCUAAGGAUAAAGCAAGCCCUGAAAAGCCACCAGAUAAAUCGGUCAAUGAAUAUGAGGUAGAUAGCCAUCAUCACAAGGUCAAGGAUCCUGAAGUGGACGAAAGUGAACAAUUUACGCCUCGUGCAAAGAAGUCAGGGCCAUCAAUUGUUAUACAAGCAUCAAAUCAGAUUGAUCAAUCAGCCAUGGAGGCAUACCCCGAAGCGAGGAAACCGCCGCUUACCUUGGAAAUUUCUCCUUUGACGCAAAUGGCAUAUAGGAACUCAAUGGCCAGAAUGAUUCAAUCAUAUUCGUUCUUACCACCAGGAAGCAUGCCUCGAGCUGAAGGGAGGGAGGAUAUCAGGCUAACCACCCUGCAGCCGCAGAUGUUCCGUGUCGAAGAAGCCCAUAGAACAAACCCUGACAAGAACAUGUAUCAGAAUGAUGACGGACUCUUCUACGUAGCUCAAAAGACUGAUGAAGUUGUCAGCGAAGCCACACCAAAGGCUGCGUCGAGAAGACUACAGUCACCAUUUCAGCUUCGUCCGCGUUUGCCCGUAGCCUACUACAAGCCGAUUGUCAACAAGUACCCACGGAACGUUUUUGCGUCACAGCAAUCACGGUUGGACGAACUCUGGAAAGUGGAAACAGGGAGAGCCUGGCUGACGUUUCGACAGAAGCCUGAAGUUAGACAUUUGCCAGGUUCUUUCAAGGGAUUCCCAAGGUUUCCUCUUAUCGAUGAGAAUGCUCAAAGUCCCAUGAACACUGGUGUUCUCAUGCCACCUCCAGGAUUCGCAGUCCCAGGUCCUAUUCUUUUGUCUCACUCUGCUCAUUGGAAUCCUGAAUCUGGCUCCGGCAAUCGCGCUACUACAUAUUACGACCGUGUACUUGCAGCCGAAGAUUGGUUCCAUCAAAGCAUCCUGAAGAAGAAAGAAUCCACCAACAGGUUCCAGAAGAAAUUUACCGAAGUGCAAUCAAUAAUACUCAACUGCAAGGACACAUUCAAUAAUCUUCCGCCGUCAUUUCAAGACUUCAAAUCAUCUCAAGUCACCCAGUUGAUUAAGCAUGUUUCGGAAAAUCUGAUCUCAUACACCGAUACCGCGGAAACUGAGAAAAGGGGCUUUGAAUUCAAAGAUAUUGAGCUUGGCCUUGAAAAUGUCCUUAGACGGCCGAAAAGGGCUCGUCGCAAAAACAGACGAGCUGCUCGUAGAAGGAACCGUGGUGAGUUUAAUAUUGCUCCAGGAAGUGACCUUUUUGAUGGGGUUGUUGUUGGCAGUGAACUUCCUGGCAACAAUGAUUCUUGA